AUCCCAGCCCACCAACUAGCCAGCCUGAGCCUGGCCACUGCCCCUCCCCAGGCGUGUCCACCAUGCGAUCCCUGUGGCUCCUCGCAGCUCUGCUGGCCCUGAGCCAGGCCCUACCCUUUGAGCAGAAGGGCUUCUGGGACUUCACCCUGGACGACGGGCUGCUCAUGAUGAACGACGAGGAGGCUUCGGGUGCCGACACAAUCUCGGGCGUCCCGGACCUGGACUCCCUCACACGCACCUUCAGUGCCAUGUGUCCUUUCGGCUGCCACUGCCACCUGCGGGUUGUUCAGUGCUCUGACCUGGGUCUGAAGGCUGUACCCAAGGAGAUCUCACCUGACACCACGCUGCUGGACCUGCAGAACAACGACAUCUCUGAGCUCCGCAAGGAUGACUUCAAAGGUCUCCAGCACCUCUAUGCCCUCGUGCUGGUGAACAACAAGAUCUCGAAGAUCCAUGAGAAGGCCUUCAGCCCCCUGCGGAAGCUGCAGAAGCUCUACAUCUCCAAGAACCACCUGGCGGAGAUCCCCCCCAGCCUGCCCAGCUCCCUGGUGGAGCUCCGCAUCCAUGACAACCGCAUCCGCAAGGUGCCCAAGGGCGUGUUCAGCGGGCUCUGGAACAUGAACUGCAUCGAGAUGGGUGGAAACCCCCUGGAGAACAGUGGCUUUGAACCUGGAGCCUUUGAUGGCCUGAAGCUCAACUACCUGCGCAUCUCAGAGGCCAAGCUCACUGGCAUCCCCAAAGAUCUCCCCGAGACCCUAAAUGAGCUCCAUCUGGACCACAACAAAAUCCAAGCUAUUGAGCUGGAGGAUCUGCUCCGCUACUCCAAGCUGUACAGGCUGGGCCUGGGCCACAACCAGAUCCGGAUGAUUGAGAACGGGAGCCUGAGCUUCCUGCCCAUGCUGCGGGAGCUGCACCUGGACAACAACAAGCUGUCCAGGGUGCCCGCGGGGCUCCCGGACCUCAAGCUCCUCCAGGUGGUCUAUCUGCACUCCAACAACAUCACCAAGGUGGGCGUCAACGACUUCUGCCCCGUGGGCUUCGGGGUCAAGCGGGCCUACUACAACGGCAUCAGCCUCUUCAACAACCCCGUGCCCUACUGGGAGGUGCAGCCAGCCACCUUCCGCUGCGUCACCGACCGCCUGGCCAUCCAGUUUGGCAACUACAAAAAGUAGAGGCAGCGGCAGCCAGCACGGUGGUCAGUGGCCGCGGUGGGUGUCUCUGGGGAGCACGGCCCGCGGUCCUGCAGGGGAGGCACCGCCCCCUCACGGCCUGGUCCCUGUCCCCUGCCCCUCAGCUUCACAGCUGCCCUGGCUCACCCACCACCGCUGCUCAGAGACAUCCCUACAAAGCUUUUCCUCAUUGACCCGAAGCCCAGCGUCCGCAGCUCCAGUCCCAGGAAUGCGGCCCACGGGUGUGUGGGCGGGACAGGGUUGUCAGCAGGGCCUUCCUCCUCCUCAUCUGCCUCCAGGCUUCCAGCCCCUGGGCCCCUCCAGCUCCCCGCGGCCUCUCUUGCCCCCUUCGGCCAGUCCCUGGCCCGUCCAUCCAGCCACCCUGCUCUGCUCUCGCUUCCCCCAACCCGUCUCUCGCCGUCUCUCUCUGUGCCUGCCUUGUGCUUCCUCCGAUCUUUCUCGCUUCUGAGCUUAGUGACCUGUCCUCCUUUCAUCUUUCUGGACCUGGCUUCAUCCUCUUCUCACUACACACACACACACACACACACACACGCA